AGAGGAGUUUUAAAUAAGACGGGAGCUGAUCAGAAAGAUCAUAACAGAGACGUGGAAAACAGAAAGAGGCUCGUCUGGGAAGGAAAUCAUCAGCAGAAAAUAGAAGAGAAAAAGCAAAAAAGAUAACUUGAGAUCUGGAGAUGAUGUGGAAAACACUCCCAUAUCUCCUCUUGCUGAUGGGAGCAAUCACAAUUACUCAAUGCCAGAGCUGGCACAUGCGUUACAAACGGGGAGCCAGAUCUAGAGCCAUUUGCACAGACUAUUCAUCUGGAGAAAUAUACCAGCACAGGGGGAGCUGGCUGAGGCUCUCAAGGAGCCGAACAGAAUACUGUAGGUGCGACAACGGUCGGAGUCGCUGCCACACUGUUCCCAUCAGAGCCUGCACUAAAAAUAAAUGCUACAAUGGGGGCCAGUGUUCACAGGCAUAUUACUCCCCACAGCUCUUCAUCUGCCAGUGCCACCAAGGUUUCUCUGGGAAGCAGUGCGAAAUAGAUACUGAAGUUAAGUGCUACAAAGAUGCUGGAGUAACAUACAGGGGUAUGUGGAGCAGGACAGAGAGUGGAGUUGAAUGCUUGAAUUGGAAUAUCAAUGGCUUGAUGGACCAGACAUACAGCGGCCAAAGAAAGGAUGCUGCUGAGCUGGGAUUGGGCAAUCACAACUAUUGCAGAAACCCAGAUGAAGACUCCAGACCUUGGUGCUAUGUCUAUAAAGGGGGAAAGUACAUCUGGGAAUACUGCAGUGUACCCUCCUGUUCAAAAGUUGGGAACAACAACUGCAAAACUGGAAGAGGCACGGAUUACCGAGGCAGUCACAGUGUUACCAGUUCUGGAGCUACCUGUUUGAGGUGGAAUUCUCAACUCAUUGUUAGCAAGCUAUAUACUGCAUGGAGAAGAGAUGCUUACCAGCUAGGCCUUGGCAGUCACAAUUUCUGCCGGAAUCCUGACAAUGACAACAAGCCCUGGUGCCACAUACUGAAAGGAACUCAGCUCACAUGGGAGUACUGUAACGUGCCUACCUGUUCCACCUGUGGCAUACGGCAGCGUAGAGUACACCAGUACCGCAUAAAAGUCGGCUCCCAUGCAGACAUUGAAGCUCACCCAUGGCAAGCUGCCAUCUUUGUGAAGUAUCGCCGAGCACCUGGAGAGCACUUCCUUUGUGGAGGAAUUCUGAUCAGUUCCUGCUGGAUUUUGUCAGCUGCUCACUGUUUUGAGGAAGGCUUUAGUACUGAUCAGCUGAAGAUUGUGCUGGGCAGGACUUCACGAGCAACUCCUGAGGAGAAUGAACAGAACUUUCAAGUGAAGAACUACAUUGUGCAUCAGAGAUUUGACUCUGAAAAUUAUGACAAUGACAUUGCUCUGCUGCAGUUGAAAUCUGACACAAAAGACUGUGCUAUUGAAACAGACACUGUCCGUGCUGCCUGCCUCCCAACACCAAACUUGCAGCUGCCUGACUGGACGGAAUGCGAGAUCUCUGGUUAUGGCAGAAACGAAGAAUUUUCUCCCUUCUAUUCAGAGCACCUGAAGGAAGGGCACGUCAGACUAUUUCCAGCUAGUCGGUGCACAACACAGCAUCUAGACAACCGGACAGUUACAGACAAUAUGAUAUGCGCAGGAGACACAAGGAACCUUGAUGAUGCCUGCAAGGGUGACUCUGGAGGGCCUCUGGUCUGUAUGAAGGAUGAUCGAAUGCAUCUAAUUGGAAUCAUCAGCUGGGGAAUAGGUUGUGGCCGCAAAGACACACCUGGCGUUUAUACAAAUGUGAAUCGUUAUCUUGACUGGAUUCAGAACAACAUGAAAUCCUGAAGAAGAAAAAUGAACUAUCCACAAUUUUGUGACCAUGCCCUUGCAAAUUCCUUUGGGGUGUUUUAAGGAUAUUAACAGGGCAUCCUGGUUGCCCAGAUGCUUAUGUCUUUCUGUAAAAAAGGAAGACAAACUGCCAUGUGUGGUAAGGGCACUUUCUCAAAUUACUCCCUUUUCCCCACUACAGGUUAUCAGAAGCAGAGUCCUUCCCCUCAUCCCCCUUACAUCUCCAAGCUUUGUCGUUUCAUCAGUCCCAUGUGUACAAUUGAAAACAAAGGUUGGCUUGCAAAAUGAAAGCUAUAUUGUUUUGGGAAUGGGAGUGAACAGCAGGCAAAGGGGACAGAUUUCAUUUCCUGAAACUUUCAUCUCCCUUUUUUGAGGGAACAGGACUCAAACAUUGUCAAGGAUGCUCAAUGACACAUGGACAUAUGUCUUCCAUAACACUGCCCUAGGGCAUAUAAGAACAUAUUUCACAAAGGGGAUUAUUUAUUAUUCAAAUUAAUUUCCACAAACCCCUCCCCCCCCCCCCCCCCCCCCCCGAAGGCAUACUAAUUUUCUAGCAUUUAAAGCAUGAGAAACUUUCCUGUGUCCCCCUUUGAACAAGGGGCUAGAAGAGGAAGUUUCAUGAUCUCAUGUGGAAUAACAAGAACGUAUGUUAAAAGUGCAAUGGAAAGAUGUGUACUUUCUUACCCAAAACACAGCUGCCUGCAAUGAGGUGAAUCCUUGAAGGGAGUCUUGAGUUUGAGCCCUUACUCUGCACAGAUUCUUCCUAGCUCAGGCUGUUCCCAUUUGGGACUCACAGAGCAAAAAGAACAUAUUGUGUAAUGUCCACUUCACAAACACACUGCAGCAACAUUUUUUUUUUUUGGGGGGUAGGGGUGGGGUGGGCAGAAUAAAUAAAUAAUCUUUUGAUGUACUUGUCUAUAAAAUUCUGAAUUUUACUUUUUUUAAUACUAUGCAGGUAUUUUAAGCUAUUCUGUGCUUGUCUGAUUUAACAGUAAGCUUUCCACCACUGUAAGAACAACUGACAGGUCUAAACUCGUCCACCAAAAUAUUAGAAUCUACCCUUACCCACUGAAUUUACUACGCUCUUACUAACACAGGAUCAAAAAUGGAUUUGCAAAUAAAAAUGUUAUUUCUUAUUUGGCUGUAAGUUUAAAAUAAAUUCCAAUCCAGAUUAAGUUCUUUCCUUAUGAAAUUUUACUUCAUUAUUUAAUGAAGUAAAAGAAGUAAAAUUAUUUGAUUUUACUUCAUUAUUUAAGCGGAUUUCAGACUCCAAUAGAUAUAGCAAGGCUCUAGGUGUGGGCUACUUAUUUCCAUAUCAAUGUACCACUUGCUUUUUCAGUUUGGAACAGAUUCGUUAACAGAGUCUAAGCGAUCCAAACAAACACAGGAUUGUUACAUGUUAUAAAGAAAAUAAUUAAUUUUAGCUCUUCAGACAACAAUUUAUUCCUAAGCUUAUAA